UCCACGUCCGCAGUGUAUGGACGUUGCUCUGCAUAAACAAUAUUGUGAAAUUUUUUUUACGAAUUUUGAUAUUACACUCAUAAAUUUUGGUAGAAUUUUUAAAUUUUUGAAGUACAUAUAAAGUCUAUUUGAAAUACCCAUUCAUGUGCAUAUGUAGCGUGACACAAACGUGGAAAUUGCAACGUAGGAGAAAAAUGGCGGACAGUAACAUCAGGCUCUUGGAGAUUGAAAACGAAUUUCUAAGAGAAAUAAUUAGCAAACACCAGCUACAAUUUGAUUUAAUGACCAGAAGAGAAGAUAAAGUGAAAAACACAAUUGACGCCUUGCAGCAACAGAGAAACCAAUGCACAGAAGAUUAUAAAUGUUUAUCUGCGACGACAAAAGACAAAAUACAUCAACUUGAGGACAAAAUAAAAAAAUAUAAAGCGCAAAUUCAAGACUACGAUAAUAAAUUCGAAGAGAAUCGAUUACAACAUACCGUUGUGCAAAAAGAGCUCAUAAAUACACAAGCAAAGCUAAUUAAUAUACACGAAAUGCUAGAUAAUAAACACGAAGAGAUGCAUAGUAUACAUAGACAGCUAAUAUUUCAACACGAAGAACUCGCUAAAUGUAAUGCAGCACUUUUUGAAAAAUCUGUCGAAGUCUGUGAUCUUCGAAAUAAGUUGGACAAAAAUGAAGAAAAAUAUAAGAACCUCCUCUUGCUUAACCAAAUGGCACUAGUACGAGUGGAUUAACAAAAUUUGAAGAAACGAAAAUUCCUGAGUUUCACCCAUCAAAAAGAGGUGAACUAUAUUCCGAUUUUUUAAAAUCCAUAAAGAACAUAGAUCUUCCACCUAACACCGCACCGUGUGUUAAGAAUUUAUUCCUCAAACUGAAUACAAGCGUACAGAAGUGUCAUUCCAUUGAAGACAGUGUCGGGGAAGGUGAAAAUGCGUUCAGUAACAAUGAACUAAAAUUAUUAGCAGCGGUUUGGGAACUAUCGCCCCUGAAUAAGGGAAAAUUGGUAGUGAAAAGGAAAAUUGGUGGUAAAAAGGUAAUUUAGAGACUUUUUUUGAUUGACAAUUGACAAAGAAAGAUAUAUGUUUUGCAAACUUUUUUAAAUUUAUGUUGUACUGUAUAUGUCACAUUUGUAUGUAUAUUUGGAUAUAAUAAAGUCAACAUUUCAAUAGU